AUGGCAAGUACCAUAGGUUUGGAGUGUACUGAGGGCUGGGUGUUCGCCGUUGGAGUUAAAGUUGCCCACCAGUCUGAAACAAUCAAGACCAAGUUGGAGCACCGUGUCCAAUCCGAAGAUGGCGACACGAUUGUGCCUUUGCCCUAUGUGAACGCCAGAACUUUGAGAAAGAUCAUUACUUGGUGCGAGCAGCACCAGAACGACACGCCAGUGAAAGAGGAUGAUCCCCUGGAUACCAAAGAAAGAAGUACUGACAACAUGGAUGCCGUUGGCAUGGAGGAUUUGAGAGUUGACCUAAAAACCCUAGUUGAGCUCAUCCUAGCUGCCAAGUACUUACAGAUCAAGGAUGCGUACACCCGCGACUUCAACAAAUUGUUUAUGGUCGACCUUAUCUACACUCCACGAGGGUAA